UACGCUCCACGUAGUUGCAUUCCUGAAACAAAGCGACAACAAUGGAGGCGAUGGCACUUGCAGACACCACGCCCCGCACCGUCGCCGCCGUAGAGGGCGCCAAGAUCAACAAGACAUACGGCAGGAUCGAGACGCAGAAGAAGAACAGAAUCCAGGUCUCCAACACCAAGAAGCCUCUCUUCUUCUACCUCAAUCUCGCCAAGAGAUGCAUUAAGCAGCACAAUGAUCUCCUCCUUUCUGGCCUGGGAAUGGCCAUCCCCACUGUGAUCACAAUUGCUGAGAUUUUGAAGACAAAUGGACUGGCAGUGGACAAAAAAAUUCUGCUCUCUACUGUUGGCACCAAGGACGACGCGAAAGGGCGCAUGAUUCAGAAGCCUAAGAUUGAAAUCCUGCUGGAAAAGAAGGAGAAUGUUGAAAAUCGGAAGGCCAUCGAAGACCCAGAAAUGGAACCGACUUGUGCUGAGGAGGAAGGACAAAUUCAUAGCAAAGAAUCAGAUCCUAAUCCCACACAGAGUAGCUAGCUCUAAAUAGUAAAUCCAAUAGCAGUACACACAGAGUUGUUGCCAGAUCUGAUGUGCAUUUUUUGCCGCCUUUGUUUGUUUCCUCUUGUCUGCAUUUUGCUUUCAAGUGUCAGGCUGCAAUCCUGUUUGGCUGUUCAUUUGGACAAUGUACUAAUUCAUGUAACUACACCAUAUAGGGAUACAAUCUA